GUCUCAAAUUGGCUCCAGCAGCUUCAAUGUGCCCACCAUAGUUAUUCGCCCUUGUCCUCUUUGUAUUCUUCACCAUUUUUAUCUAUGGCUUCUCUCCUACCAUUUCAGGACCUCAAUUGCUUCCCUAAUUCUCACACUGCUAUCACUAACGCCAAUGAUCCCGUCAAUGUCGGACCCACCUCCUCCUCCAAAACGUGCAUUCCAACAUUGGUGCCUAAGCUGGAGCCUUUGGACGAUUUGUUCGAACCCCGAGAGCAAGAGCAACCCCAAGAAACCAUCAUCUCAACUCCUAACCCUGAGAAUGCAUCGUCUAGUUCCAAGCCUGCUAGUGCUGGAAUCCCACAAGGCGUGCCGAUUGAAGACCAUGUGUAUUCAGAGUUCAAUCGAAUUUCUCAGAUGUUUUGGGCAGCAUUUCCCGACAAUGUACAACAAUCCGGAGACGCCAACGUUUCAAACCCAGAUUCGAGGGCAAUCGUUCCUGUACCACAGGAGAACCCGCACGUUUCUUCGGUGGUGGUUGCUACUCGGAAGCGAAACUCCCAACGCGUGAAGGAGCUGGUAAGGGUUGGCGAUAUUACGAUUGAGGACGAAAGGAAUCAUCGUGAUAUAGUCAGAAGGACCAGGAUGGUGUACGAUUCGUUGCGCAUUUUGACAUCAAUCGAGGAGAAGAAAAGUAGUGAUGAUUCAGCUAAACGUAAGCGACCUCGAGGUGAUACGCGUGCUGCCACCUUGUUGAGAUACCGUGGGCUAUGGCUUAAUCGAGAUAAGCGGAUAGUGGGUGCUAUUCCAGGCAUUAAUGUUGGUGAUUUAUUCCUUUAUAGGAUGGAACUGUUAGUAGUUGGCUUGCACGGUCAAACACAGGCUGGAAUUGAUUAUCUUCCCGCAAGCAUGAGUCCAAAUAGGGAGCCAAUAGCAACUAGUGUUAUUGUAUCAGGUGGGUAUGAGGAUGAUAUAGAUGAUGGCGACGUUAUAAUUUAUACCGGACAUGGUGGUCAAGAUGCUAAGCAUUCAAAGCAAAUUGCUCAUCAGAAGUUGGAAGGAGGAAACCUUGCAUUGGAAAGAAGCAUGCGGUAUGGCGUUGAAGUACGGGUUAUUCGGGGGAUUAAAUAUGAGGGAAGUGCUUCAAGUUCAAACAAGGUUUAUGUGUAUGAUGGCUUGUAUCGAAUUGCUGCUUGCUGGUUUGAAUUGGGUAAGUCUGGUUUUGGAGUUUACAAGUACAAGCUUGUGAGAAUUGAUGGGCAAGAAAAAUUGGGCAGUGCAAUUCUUAAACAUGCUCGGCUUCUCAAGGUUGAUCCACUUCUAUCUGAUUCUAUGUGUUGUUUUAGUCUUGACAUUUCGCUUAACAAGGAGACUGCUCCCGUCCGUCUCUUCAAUGACAUUGAUGAUGAUGAUGGUCCUCUUCGUUUUGAGUAUCUUAAAAGGACAAGUUUUCCUCAUUUUGUAUUUCAUCAGAGUGGAACUGCUACUGGUUGUGAGUGCGUGGGAGGUUGUGCUGAUGACUGUUUUUGUGCUUUGAAAAAUGGAGGUGGAUUUCCUUAUAAUAGAACUGGUAUUCUGUUGAGAGGGAAACCAGUAAUCUUUGAAUGUGGUCCAUUCUGCCGUUGUCCUCCAAAUUGUCAAAAUCGUGUGACGCAAAAAGGGUUGAAAGUUAGAUUGGAAGUAUUUAGGUCUAGAGAAACAGGUUGGGGAGUUAGGUCCCUGGAUAUUAUUCAUGCUGGUGCUUUUGUCUGUGAAUAUACAGGGGUUGUAGUGACAAGGGGACAAGCACAAAUUUUGACUAUGAAUGGUGAUGCAAUGGUGUAUCCAAGUCGGUUUCCAGAUAGGUGGGCAGAAUGGGGGAAUUUAUCUCAGAUAUACUCGAAUUAUGUGCGUCCAUCAUAUCCAUCAAUUCCUCCAUUAGAUUUCGCCUUGGAUGUGUCAACAAUGAGGAACGUUGCUUUCUAUAUCAGGCACAGUUCAACACCAAAUAUGUUUGUUCAAUUUGUUCUCUAUGAUCACAAUAACUUGAUGUUUCCUCACCUUAUGCUUUUUGCAAUGGAGACCAUCCCUCCAUUGAGGGAGCUCACUCUGGAUUAUGGAGUGGUUGAUGAUUGUACAGGCAAACUCUUCAUAUGUAACUGAAUGAUCUUGAAAGGGGCAUACAGCUUACAUUAUGGUGAGGCUGAGUUUUGGGUAUGUUGCAAUGAGGAUGAAUUCUUGAAGGUUCCAGACUCACCAAUAUUACUAAAAGUGUUGACAUAUCUAUUUUGCUAGUUCUGUUCUACCUGACCUUUUUUUUGGUUGAAAAGCUGCAUAUGGAGUUCCGGGUUCAGAUCCUCUGAAGUAUGAGAUCUAUAAAGUUGCCAAGAUGAAGGACUGUGGACUGUCAGAUUGAUGGAAGGGUCAAGAUGAGGCCACGCGACUGUGACUGAGGCCAACCAAAACACUUGGUGACAUUUGAUGCUCUCUAACACAGUGACUUCAUCCUGACUUUUCCAAUAAUCUGAUUGCACAUAAUCUUUCACUUCAGGCAACUCUACAGAUCCCCUACUUGGGCUUUGAAUGCAUGCAGUUUCAUAUCUGCUUUACUAAAACUUGUAGAGAACUUCAUAGAACUUAGAAUGUAGCUCGGCUGUAUUUACCCCUUCCCUUUGUUUUUCUGCCUUUUAUCUAAUGUAUAUCUCUAGAUUGGAUCCCUAGAUUUAGUUAUUAAAUGCAAGGGAUUCAAAUGGCCGAGUCCAAGUUUGUACAGGACUAACAUUAUGUAGCAGCUGUUAAAGAUCAAUGAUGAAAGCCAGGUUUCUAAUGCGUGGAA